AUGCGUUCCUUCAUUGCUGUUGCUCCGUUGCUGGGAUUGGCUGCCGCGCUCCCGAGCGCUGAGCUGGUGGAGAAGAGGGCAUCUGAUACCUAUGAUUAUGUAAUUGUUGGUGGUGGUGUGACGGGCCUUAUUGUUGCUAAUCGAUUGACUGAGAACAAGAAGACGACUGUUCUGGUGAUUGAGGCUGGUACUGACGACCUGCCUUUCCAACAACGAUUGCCAUAUGGGGCCGCCAGCGCCUUGAAUACGUCCUUGCUAUGGCCCAACUACGUCUCUGAACCUGAGCCAUUCCUCAACAACAAGACCUGGAAUGUCCGUGUCGCCGAGGUUCUCGGUGGCGGCUCUAUAGUCAACGGCAUGUUCUAUGACCGCGGCUCUGCAGCCGACUAUGAUGCUUGGGAGGCUCUGGGUAACUCCGGUUGGGGAUGGAAGGGUAUGUACCCUUACUUCAAGAAGGGUACCACUUUCAUCCCUCCACCGAAGAAGACUGCGCAGGAUUUCGACAUCACAUGGGACCCGUCUGCGUAUGGUAGCGGUCCUCUUCACCUUGGAAUCUCCGACUUCCAGUACCCUGAUAUCCUGCCUUUCAUCGCGGCCUACGAAGGUGCGGGUGUCAAGAAGCUCCUCGAUGGCAACAACGGUGAACAAGCCGGCUUCUCGUGGUACCCCAACACCAUGAACCCGUUGACGGGCGAGAGAUCCCAAGCUCGCAACUCGUAUUAUGACCCGAUCAAGUCCGCACGAUCGAACUUGAAGCUUCUCCUUCGCACUGAGGCGAAAGAGCUUGUGUUUGCCAGUGGCAAGAAGCUCACUGCUAAGGGUGUGAAGAUUCUCGACAAGACUACCGGCAAGACCUCUACCGUCUACGCCAAGAAGGAAGUCGUUCUCGCUGCCGGUUCCGUCAACACCCCUAAGCUCCUUCAGCUCAGUGGUAUUGGACCUAAGUCUGUGCUUAAGGCUGCCAACAUUCCCCUUAAGCUUGCGCACGAUGGUGUUGGCGCCAACUUCCAAGAUCACCCCUACACUCUUGUCUUGUUCAACCAGUCGGCCUUGAGCACUCCCAACCCCAACUCUCUCGCCACCGACGCAGCCUUCAACGCAUCAGCAUGGGCCCAAUACGAAGCCAACAAGACCGGCCCUCUCACCCAGGCCCGUGGAAACAGUCUUUCCAUGGUCUCCCUCCCCAAGGUCGCGCCAAACGACUACAAGAACCUCGUCAAGCAGAUCAAGGCCCAGAAGGACGAGUCCUACCUGCCUGCGAUCUACACCGGCAGCAAGAAGCUCAUCGCUGGUGUCAAGGCCCAGCGCAAGGUCCUCGCCGGCCUCUUCGCGAACAAGGAAGCCGCUAUCGUCGAAUUACCCGUUGGUGCCGGCGGCGCUGGUGUCCUCGUCGGCCUCGAGAAGCCCCUCGCUCGCGGCUCCAUCACCAUCAACCCGACCGACCCCCAAGGUCCCCCGAAAAUGCUGUACAACGCCCUCAGCAACCCCGUCGAUAAGGCCGUCAUGGCCUCCUGCGUCCGCUUCCUCCGCACCGUCUGGAAGCGCCCCGAGGUCGCGAAGUACAACCUCGUCGAGCUAUCACCUGGCGCUCAGUACACCAGCGACGAGGACAUUAUCGAUAAGAUGAACGCCGCCGGUAGCAUUUGGCCUACGCUUUCGCAUCCUUCUGGCUCAUGUGCGAUGAUGCCUGAGAAGUAUGGUGGAUGUGUGUCGGAUAAGCUGCUGUUCUAUGGGGUUGAGAAGCUGUCGAUUGUUGAUGCUAGUAUCUUGCCGCUUGUGCCGACGCAGCACAUUCAGUCUACCAUGUAUGCUGUGGGUGAGAAGGCGGCGGAUUUGAUCAAGGCUAGGGCUUAG